UUCAGUUUGACUUUCAUUAAAUUGAAUACAAAAAAGCCCAAGCUCGAAUUAUUCAUACGCUAUGUGUAAUGUGAACUGAAAUUUGUCACGCCAACAGUUUGAUUUGCGUACGAGCUUCACACUAAAACAAAAACCAGUUAGUAAUAUUGGGAAUCACCUUGCGCUUUAUUCUGUCAAUAUAAAAACGUGCUGACAGUCGACAUAUUUCAAUAGUCUCAUCAAACACACAAGACAAUGAAGUUCGCCAUAGCUCUCAUUAGCUUAAUAGCGCUGUUUAGCCUAAGUCUGGCUUAUAACAAGCCUUGUGCAACGAUUUGUCCAGCAAUUUAUCAGCCCGUCUGUGGUGAAGCCAGAGUUGGCAACAAGGUGGUGCGCUGUGAAUUCUCCAAUGCCUGCAUGAUGGGCGUAAGCGGCUGCACCAAGGGAAUAAAUUGGCGCAGUGCUGCUUGUGCUAAGUUGUCGCCCGACUGCGAUCGCUUUAAAAACUAAGUUUAUUACUAAUUAAAUAAGCAAUAAAUGUUUGCCAAUUGCUAAACUAA